AUGCAUAACGUGUGGUCCAGGGCAAAUGCGGUUUUUGCAUUCUUUCUGUCAGUUCUAUCAGCCAUGACUUUUGCAGUCUUCUUAAGUACGGUUUAUUUACCUAAUACUGCUAAUGUCACCUUGUCGGCUGAUAAUGUACGAGUAAAAGAUAUGGUAGAUUAUGCAUCUAGUGGUCGCAGUGAUGUUGCAAAAAUGGAUUUGAGCGUGCAAGUGGACCUUUCGAGAAUUUUCAACUGGAACGUCAAACAGAUAUUUCUUUAUCUAGUUGCUGAAUAUAGUACCCCCACAAACAGAGUUAAUCAGGUAGUACUGUGGGAUAAGAUAGUUAGGCGACAGGAUUGGCAGUCUGUCCGAGAAAUUCACGUAGUGCCUAAAUACUACCUAAUGGACGACGGAAAUCAUUUGUUAAACCACCCAAACACUACUUUGGUUUUAAGAUGGAACGUGGUACCAAAUGCAGGAUAUUUAGCUCUUGCUCAGGGCGAGGGACAGUACACCAUUAAAUUCCCUCCGACAUACUAUAGCGGCCGUUUUUAG